AUGGGCCGUGUCGAAGCCAAGGGCAUAGAACCUCUCCCUGCUCAAGAACGCAAGUCGACGCGAUUUUGGAAUAUAUUUACUAUAUGGUGUUCUAUGAAUAUGAAUAUUCUUGGAGUUCUAUUUGGUCUGCUUGGCCCCAGUACAUAUGGCCUUGGACUUCGAGACUCAUCACUCGUAAUCCUCUUCUUCUCCUUUCUCUCCAGCGUGGCACCGGCUUACCUGGCUACGUUUGGUCCAAAGACUGGUAUGAGGCAGAUGAUUCAAGCGAGAUUUAGCUUUGGACGCUACCUCGUCUCUGUCCCCGUCCUGCUCAACCUGGCUACACUGACUGGCUUCAUGGUCAUAAUCUGCAUCGUGGGAGGGCAGUGUCUAUCCGCUGUAUCAGACGGCAACCUAACGCCCGACGCCGGAAUCGUCAUCAUCGCCCUGCUGGCCCUCCUCAUCUCCUUCUGCGGCUUUGAUAUCCUACACUACUACGAGACGUACGCCUUCUUCCCUGCCGUCGUGGCCAUUGCUAUUGCCGCAGGCUGUGGUGGAGACGAUCUUGCCAAGCAGGCCGCUCCCGCGCAGGCGGCCACUCCCGGGGCCAUCAUGAGCUACGGCAUGAUUGUCGCUAGCUACAUGAUUCCUUUUGCGGCCAUAUCCAGCGAUCUGACGACGUAUUUCGAUCCCAAAGUUCCGUCAUGGCGCGUCUUCAUAUACACCUUUUCAGGCCUGGUUAUACCCACGGUCCCCCUCAUGACACUCGGUGCAGCCAUAGCGGGUGCGCUACCCAACGUGCCGUCGUGGCAGGCCGCAUACGACAAGACGCUGGUGGGCGGCGUGCUGGCAGCCAUGGUGUCGUCGGCAGGUGGCUUCGGCAAGUUUGUCAUCGUGGUCCUGUCACUGACGCUACUGGGCAACGCCGCAAGCACAAUGUACGCCAUCACGCUCAACUUCCAAGCCUUGGUGCCGUGGAUGGUCCGUGUGCCCCGCUACGUUUUUGCCCUGGUGGUCACGGCCAUUGCUAUCCCCGUUGCAGUACGGGCCGUCGCGUCAAACUUCUUUGGCAGUCUUGAGAACUUUAUCGCCCUCAUCGGCUACUGGUCUGCCUCGUAUGUGGGCAUCGCGGCCGUGGACCACAUCGUAUUUCGUCGCCAGUACCACGGUGAUAGUGGCCCCGUCCCCUACGAGGAGGCCUACGACCACCGUGUUUGGAGCGACACGUCAAGGCUGCCCAUUGGCGUUGCCGCGCUGGGCAGUGGUGUCUUGUCGUUUGGACUCGUGGUGCCUUGCAUGGAGCAGGUCUGGUGGACGGGACCUAUUGCGGAGACGACGGGGGACAUUGGCUUCGAGGUGGCCUUUAUGUUAAGCGCCUUGUUCUAUGUGCCGUUGCGCAAGUUGGAAAUUCGAUUGACAGGGAGGUGA